AUGCAACACAUACCUAAGCUCCGCACUCCACCCGUUCCUCCCUUCAACUCCCUCUCUCUCCUCACCUUCCUCACCGUCCUCUCCUCACCCUCCUUCCCCUCCUCACCCUCCGCUCCUCCUCAGGUGGGGCACGAGGCGGGGGCCAUGGUAGCCAUCCACAUAGCAGCGGAGCUGCCACACAUAGUGCGCCGCCUCGUGCUGUGGGGCGUGCCCAUGCUCGGCUUCAUGGAGCGCGGCGAUGCCCUCCGAGAGGAAACCCCCGACGCCCAGUACGACUCUGACCUCCCCGACGCUGUCACCACGUUCCUGCACCGCCGCUUCCCCGACGGCGGCGUGCCGUGGCAGCUGAAGGUGCGGACGCUGAUCGACAUGCUGCAGACGUACGAGCGGCGGCCAUGGCUGUCAAGAGCUAUGGCGGUGGUGGAUCAUGCGGAGCUGCUCAAGCGAGUUCACACGCCCAUGCUCUGCAUGGCUGGGGAGAGCGAGCCCUUGCACAAGGCGACGAGAAAAGCCGCCCUGUUGUGCAAGUACGGGGAGUAUGUGGAUAUGGGGGUGGCGGGGCGGGACGUGGUGGAUGAGUUACCAGACGACUACACCAGCGUCGUGCUGCAGUUUCUCUGUGGGGAACCUUGUCCGGCCGGGCCUACGGAACGAGCCAGUUGUUCCGUGCCAGCUGCUGACGUGGCAGGGCCAGAACAUGCGCAUGCACAUGGGCAUGCGCGGAGCGAGGCAAAACAGCGGGCGGGAGGAGUGGAGAUGAGGGAGGCGGGGCAGCAGGGGCGCAGCUACGGCACGAGCAGCAGCAGCAGCAGCAGCAUGGCGUCAUCGCCUGUGAUGGGCAGCAUGGCAUCGUCCCCCGUGACGGCCGUUUCCCCCAGCAGCCGCUCGUCCAAUGACAGCGAGGACCGGUGCGCGUCGGGGGAGAAGCGCACCAAGGACCGUAUUAAGUCGUUCUUCCGGGGGAAGAGCACUGCAUGA